CUUGCAUUCCAAUCAGCUGUUCGCGUGGCUUUUUUUGUAUUUGCUCUGCACGCUUUUUAGCCGAACUUUAUUAAGUUAAAUCUCUUGAGAAUGACGAAUUCAGAGUUUCAGGCGGUGGUCUUUGCCGCGGGGCGUGGCACCCGCUUGCCCGAAGUCUUGGGGGAUGCCCCCAAGUGCCUGCUGCCCGUGGGCCCAUAUCCCCUCAUCUGGUAUCCCCUGAAUCUGCUGCAACAACACAACUUUUCAGAGGUCAUUGUGGUGGUCCUGGAGCAGGAGAGGCUGGAGAUCCAGUCGGCUCUGGAGAACACUCCCCUAAAGCUGAAACUCGACUAUGCCACGAUUCCCAGCGACAGUGACUUCGGAACUGCGGACAGUCUGCGCUACAUUUACGACAAGAUCAAGUCGGAUUUCCUGGUGCUCAGCUGCGACCUGGUCAGCAAUGUCAACCUGUACCCGCUGAUCAACAAGUUCCGGGAGCACGAUGCCGCCCUGGCGCUACUCCUCUUCCCCAGCGGGUUCGAGUCGGAUGUGGUAAUGCCGGGUCCCAAGAGUAAGCACAAGCCGGAACGGGAUGUGAUUGGAAUCCAUGCCGCCACCCAGAGGUUGGCCUUCCUGUCCGCUGCCAGUGACUGCGAGGAAACCCUCAAUAUCCAGCGGCAUCUGCUGCAGAACCGAGGACGAUUGGAUGUCUACAGCCGCCUAGUGGAUGCCCAUGUCUAUGUGCUGAAAAAGUGGGUCAUCGAUUACCUACGUAGGAAGGAGAACAUAUCCACUUUUAAGGGCGAGUUCCUGCCGCACUUGAUCAAGAAGCAGCACUCCAAGCGACCGCUCAAAGUAGUCCAGGAUACCACCUCCGAAGUGGGCGUGAUCACCAAGAAUGAGGAUAAUGUUCUGCAUUACGUGCCCCAUUCUAUCUUGGACCAAAAGAUCACGCAGACCUCUCUGUUCAAUCAAUCUCUAUCCCAAAAUCCCUAUCAUGGCGACGUAGUGCGCUGUUAUGGCAUCCAGGCUCCCAAGGAAGCAAUCGGAGUGCGGGUCAACAACACCCUGAGCUUCUUGGCCAUCAAUCGCAAGUUGGCCAGCAUCUGGAACGAACUGUGCGGCGAAAAGCAUCCACUUAUCUCCCCAGGAGCCCUGGUGAAGUCUACCCAAACAAAGGAGAUUAUAGCGGCCGACAAUGCCAAGUUGUCCGAGAAGACCUCUCUGAACUUUAGCGUUUUCGGACCGAAUUGCGUUAUCAACCCCAAGAACAUUGUGGCGAACUCGCUCAUCAUGUCCAACGCCAUUGUGGAGGAGGGCUGCAACAUCGACAACUGCAUCAUCGGCCAUCGGGCUCAGGUGAAGAGCGGAUCCGUGUUGAAGAACUGCAUCAUUGGUCCCAACUACGUGGUGGAGGAGGGCACACACAGUCAGGCGGCGCAUCUGUCCAACGCGGAUCAGUUCAUGGAGAUAGACAUACAGUGAGCGGCUAACUUAAUGUGGCUUCAUUUAUUAACGAAUUGAGUUAGAAGGCGGAUUCUUCUAGCAGGACAUUAAAUAUUACAAAUAGGUACACAAAA